CCUUGGUUGCCAAGGAAGACCGCUUCCUCGCCCGCCGCCUUAAUCGCCUGCCCUCUAGGCCUCUCUCUCUCUCUCUAUAAAACCCUCCUCCCUUCCCCUUCCCUUUCUCCUCUUCUCAAUUCCCUCCCAGAGUGCCCCUCCAGUCGCAGGGAGGAUUCGGUUCGGAUCGAUUCGAUGCUUGUGCCUUCCGCCCUGCGAACAACUCGCCGGAGCCCGAGAGGAACCGGCUGGUGAAUUCGAUGGGGACUUCGCCGCCGCCGCCGUCGGCCGCGCUGCCGGUGGUAUUCGUCGACGCUGACCAGAGCGUCGACCUGGGCACCGUCACCGUGCAGCCCUCGCUCGGCGUCAGGAAGCUGCAGGCCGUCGUCGCCGACCGCGUCGGCGUCGCGCCGCACCAGAUCUCGGUGUCGCUCGCGCGGCCCAGGCGCGCGCGCCGCGUGCCCCUCGAGGAGGGGACCGACCUCGCCGCCGCCGUCGCGCGCGAGGGCACCGGGUGCUACGUCCUCGCGGUCCUCCGCCGAUCCCGCCGCGAGCGCCGGGGUGGCCGGUCCCGACGCGACAAGAAGGCCGCGGCGAUAGCGACUUCCGCGGCGACGCCGGAGAAGACCAUCUUGAAGCGCCUCCCGCCCACGGAUCUGGCCUCCCUGGCCGCGUCCCCCGCCGCGCCGGUGUUGUUCGGCGCCUGGGACUACGAGGCGCACCUGCGCGAGCUGCAGCGGCAGCGCGACUGGUACCUCAUGAACACCGCAGCGGCGGAUCCGUGCUUCCCGCUCGCGCCGGAGCUGGAGGACCCGCCGCUCUGGUCCCCGCGGCCCUCGGCCUCCCCGUGCCCCGAGUGCGAGGCGGCCGCCGCUUCCAUGCGCGAGCCGGCUUUCCACUGGUGCGUGCGCGACGCGGUCACCGUGGGCUUCCGCUCGCCGGUCGGCCCUAUCGAGCGGCCAGCCAAGAAGUCCCCCUCCCCGCCGCCGGCGAGCCCCGACCGCAUGCUGGCGUUCCUCGGCAUGCCGGUCUAUUAGAAGCUGAUUACUUGGAAUUUUGUAAAGAAAAAGCUGGAAUUGCGGAUAGGGACCGGAUCGUCGAGGUUGCGUGUGGGUUUGUCUGCAGUGAGUGAAAGGAGGAGGAGGAUUUUAAUUUUAGGAGUAGUAACAUGCAUCCUGUUCUUGUUCUUGUUCCUGUAGAGAGCAAGGAACUCGAGUCGAGAGAGACACAUGCCGCCAAGUGCGAACGAGUGGAGGGUUGCGGAGCCUAGCCUAGCUCUUGUGGCCUGGGCGAGUCCAGAGAUUGUGUUGUGCCAACAUUUCUGGACUUGUCUUUUCUUUUUCUUUGAGAGAGAGAGAGAGAGUGAGUGAGAGAGAGGGAGCAAUUUGUUUCUGGUAUAUCGAAGGGGUAUAUGCAGAAGACUUUAGUA